AUGGCACAGGAUGCAGGAAAACAGACCGAAUCAACAGAGAAUGGGCGUAUUUCAGAGGAGUUAGGAAACUUAAGGAUUGAAGAACAAAAUGUAGAAAGUCCUGUUGAUGUGAAUCCCGAAAGUCCCGUGAAAACUGCGCAGGAAAUGAAUGCAGAAGAGUUGAAAACCGAACUUGAGAAAAAGGAGAAGAAUCUACAGCAAUUGCAAGCAUCUUACGAAUCCUUGAAGAAGCAACACUCAAACCUUGUGUCAAAAGUUUCAGGAAUCAAGAUAACUCUAGGCGAACGCUUAAAAAAAGACUCGCAGGCCCUUGCGCAAAGCCGGGCGCAGAUCCAAAAGCUAGAGGAAUCAUUGCAGGAAGCUGAGGAUGCACUGAAACUUAACAAUGAAGAAUCCGAAAGUUUGUCGCUGCAAACGAGAAGUCUCCAAGAAAAAAUGAAGCAGAUGCAGACUCAGAACGAUGUACUGGCCAAAGAGAGCCAAAACUUGAAUACACAAGUAAGACAAUGGGAAAGAAGAGCAAAAGAUGAGCAUGAAAUGCAAGAAUCUUUAGCAGCUCGUCUUGCCGAUUACGAAGAGCAGUUGAUGGGAGAAACUGAACGGCAAGAACACUACCAGAAAGAGAUUCAAGGGUACCUUACCAAGCAGCAUAAACUCGAAAUAGAACUGGAUGCUCUCAGAGAGCAACAUUUAGAGGACAAGAGUGAGUUACAAAUUACCUAUCAAACCAGUUUGGAUGAACUAUCAGAAACAUUUGCUGCUAAAGAAUCUGCUUUCAGUUCCUUAGAAGAACAACUACGUCAAGCUGACCUUCGGAUUUCCAAAGUGUCAGAUUUGGAGCAAGAGCUACGAGAAAAAUCACUUUUAAUCGGAAAACUACAACACGAGGCUGUUAUUCUUAAUGAGCAUCUUACAAAAGCUCUUUGUAUGCUAAAAGAAGGUGAUAGCUCAGAAAAAAUUGAUAAACAACUUAUCUCAAAUUUGUUUGUAUCGUUUCUUACUUUACCACGGGCAGACACAAAGCGUUUUGAAAUCUUGCAGCUCAUUUCCUCGGUCUUGGGGUGGAAUGACGAGCAGAGGGAACAGGCCGGUCUUCAGCGCCCAGGAUCUGCUUUCACAAACUGGAGUUUGUCGAAAAACAGUUCCUCCAAUUCUGUCUUUUCCGACAUUGCAUUGUCAAAACGAGGAUCUUUUCAUGAUCCAUCAAACUGA